GUUCCCAAAAAUAAAUAAAAAUGUUGAGAAAAUCACGAAAAAGAACAGCUGAAAAGGCACCUAAUUCAGUCGAAAAUGAAAGUGCUGAAAGACAUAAACUAACGAGGAAGUCAUUUCCUAUCUUAGGGGACAAGUCGGCCAAAGAUAAGGCCGAGGGUGUGCUGGAAAGUUUAGUUCUUGGUGGUGAUGAUGAUAUCGUUGAAAAACUGGGAGUGAAGCCCAAAACAUCACAGAAAACAACUGUAGAUCAUGCAGAAUUUGAUUCUGAUGAGGAGUAUGAAAAGAAAAAGAGCAAGAAUGAUGAUAAAGAGCGAAAACCAGUUUGGGAAGAUGAAGAUGACGAUCACAUCAGUGUUAAAGUAGAUGUAAAGGAAAAGAGAUUUGAAGCUGUGCGCUUGAAAGGUGAUAAGGUGUUGGAGGGAAACACUUAUCGGAACAGAUUACAAAAACAGUUUCAAAAAGUCUCUGGUACGCCAUCGUGGGCCCUGCCACAGAGCAAAGACCACAGUUCUUCCGAAGAUGAAGACAACGCGACGGAGAACCUAGUCACAUCCACAGGGAACUAUCUGACCAGCUCAGUGUCUCUGCCAAAAGGAAUCCUCGACUUCAAACGGUGUACAGAUGCAAACAGGGAUCACCCAGGAGUGGGCAAAUUACGGUCGGUCCAGUUCCACCCAUCUGCACAGGUUGUCAUGACAGCAGGGAUGAACCAAACUCUGACGCUUUUCCAGGUUGAUGGUAAACACAAUCCUAAAAUUCAAAGUAUAUUUGUGGAGAACUUCCCAAUUCACACAGCACGCUUUAGCGCCGAUGGCAAAGAGGUCCUUCUAGGAUCCAGACAUCGGCAUUUCUAUUUUUACGACAUGAUAGCAGGAAAAGUUGUCAAUGUUCCAGCGAUAAAAGGUUUGGAUGAUUCUAAUAUGGGUCGUUUUGAGGUGUCUCCUGAUGGAAAAUAUAUUGUAUUUCUUGGAAAAUAUGGAUUUAUGCAUAUUUUGUCUGCGAAGGCCAAAGAACAUCUGACAAGUUUAAAAAUGAACGGUGAGGUUGGAGGGAUAGUGUUCAGCAAGGAUGGUUCAACGUUGUAUUCUCAUGGAGAUGACGGUGAGGUGUAUGUGUGGGACAUGAAGAAACGGACAUGCAUCCACCGAUUUGUUGAUGAUGGCUGUAUCAAGGGAACUUGCAUUGAUGUGUCACAUAAUGGCCAGUAUUUAGCUACGGGUUCUAACUCUGGUGUUGUGAAUAUCUACGACCUUCAAAAGUGUUUGUCAUCACGGAGACCAACGCCGAUAAAAAGUAUUAUGAAUCUGGUCACUCCGUGUUCACAAGUGAAAUUCAAUCCUACGACGGAGAUACUAGCUAUUGCAUCUAAUGAUAUGGAGGGGGCAAUGCGAAUGGUGCACAUCCCUUCAAUGACAGCAUUUUCUAAUUUCCCAGACCGAACGGAUGGCAUGCGGAUACCGUAUUCUAUGGACUUUUCUCUUCAUGGUGGCUAUUUGGUUGUAGGGAAUUCCAAAGGGAGAGCCCUGUUAUAUAGACUGAAGCAUUAUGGAAGCUAUUGAGGAUAUCGUCUCUCAACUGGACUAAAAAGACUGAAACAUUGUUGUAGAAAUCUUCCUUGGUUGGGAAACGAUUCCUGGCCUCUCAGCUUUGUUAUAUGAUAAUCCUUUGUGGAGGCAAUAAAUAUUUUAUUAACAGA